AUGGCAGAAGCUUCAUACGACUUUGUGAUUAUUGGUGGAGGUGUCGCUGGGCUCGUCGUUGCUACUCGUCUGUCUGAAGACCCAAGUCAACGUGUGAUUGUACUGGAAGCUGGGCAGGACCAUAGUAGCGACACGCGGGUGAAGACCCCGGGUUUCUAUCCUGUUCUGCUUGGUUCAGAACUUGAUUGGGGAUUUCAGUCGGAGGCUCAACCGAACCUCAACGGGAGGUCCAUCCUCCUGCACCAGGGCAAAGCUCUUGGGGGCUCAAGUGCAAUCAAUGCCCAUGUCUUCGUGCCUCCCACGAAAGACUUGAUCGACGCUUGGGGUGCAUUAGGAAACGAUGGUUGGAACUGGGAUACAUUCAAGAAAUACUUUGCCAAGGCGUAUACCUCGCCCUCAGUCGCAUCUGCAGCAGAGCUUGGGGUGAGCGGAUGGGCCUCAAAAAACGACCUUGCCCAAGGCCCACUAAAAGCCUCGUUCUCUGGAAACUCCUCCCAUCCGGUCCGAAAAGCUUGGAUUGACAGCUUCAGCCAGUUGGGCCAUGUCGCGGAACAUGACCCUUUCCUGGGUGCGUCAACAGGUGCUUUCACUUGUUUGUCCAGUAUCGAUCCAGCAACCAGGGAGAGAAGUUAUGCGGCCUCAGCGUACUACCAGCCGGUGAAAGACCGGGAAAAUUUGAAGAUCCUCACCGGUGCAGUUGCUGAGAAGAUCUUGUUUGACCGAAGUGACGCGAAUGCGAAGGCUAAAGGAGUUCGCUAUACUUUGAAUGGCACCACGCACGAGGUGUUGAGCACGAAGGAAGUUAUUAUUGCCGCCGGCGCUCUUCAAUCUCCAAAGCUACUAGAGAUUUCAGGAAUUGGAAAUGCGAAUCUCCUCCAAAGCCAUGGCAUAGAACUUGUCAAGGACCUGCCAGCCGUAGGUGAGAAUCUUCAGGACCAUCCGCUGUGCAGCAUAAGCUUCGAAGCUGUGGACGAGGUAGACACGCUUGACGCUCUUGUGAGACAAGAACCGGAAGCAAUUGGGCCGGCGAUGCAAGAGUAUGCAACCACGCAGACCGGUCUACUCUCGUCGGUUGGAGUAUACUCUUACGCAUACCUUCCAAUCCUUGACCCACAAGGCAAAGACUUGGUCAAACAGAUGCUACUUCGGAACCAACCUCCCCCUGGGAAUCAACCGGAGAUGGCUCGAGCUCAAGCAUACUACGAAGUUGCGGAGCAAGCCCUGCUGGAUUCAGGAACGGCGUCUGCGGCGUAUCUAGCCAUCUUAGCCCAACAUAACGUUGCACCGCCGGUGCCUGGGAAACACAUAUCUAUCGGCCUCAUGCUCUCCCAGGCUCUUUCAAGGGGAAGCGUUCAUAUUCAAUCCAAGGACAUCGGAGCUGCGCCGGUCAUUGAUCCUAACUACCUGUCGAACCCGCUUGAUCUGGAGGUCAUGGCGCAGCAUAUGCGCUACAUCGAGACAAUAGCGUCGACAGGAGCCUUUAGCGACCUCCUGAAGAAGCCUCUGAAACAUCUUGAUCCAGACUCUCGCCUGGUAGAUGUUGAGUCUGCAAAGAAAUACCUACAGUCACAUGUGAUCUCAAUGUGGCAUUUGGGUGGUACCUGUGCCAUGCUACCCCAGGAGAAAGGGGGAGUGGUAGAUUCGAAACUAAAGGUGUACGGUAUUGAUAAGUUGCGAGUUGUGGACUCCAGCGCAGUCCCAUUGAUCAGCACUGCCAAUCUCCAAGCUACUGUAUACGCCUUUGCUGAGCGGGCCGCGGACCUGAUCAAGCAGGAGUACGGGUUAAAUUGA